AUGUUGUCACUCGUAUUCUGGCCGCUGGCCGCCCUUGUGAGCCACGUCUCGGCUGCCAUCCCCUACAGCGACUAUAUUUUGGCUCCAGCAAAUCGGACUAUAUCUCCGGCGUCCAUAUACAGCACCAGCGGAAACGUGACCAAUGCCGCUGGUGUCACCACCUCUGGUAAUGGGCCAACGAUUCUGGGCCCAGGCUCAUACAUUACAUUUGACUACGGGAAAAAUGUCGGCGGUGUUGUAUCCGUGACCGCUGGAGAGACGUCGGAUCCUUCAGCCAAUGUGACUCUUUCCUAUGCUGAGUCGUCUUAUUUCAUCAGUGCCAACAGUUCCGAUGCUAUGCAUGAUGGUGCAGCAACCGUACCCCUCUACUUGCCAGUCGGAGAAGGGGUGGGAACCUAUACAGUCAGCGAUGAUUACGUCCGCGGGGGUUUCAGAUACCUGACAAUCGGGAGCAACUCGUCUGCGGAUAUUGAGCUGGAGGCUGUGGUGACGAACUUCACCGCGGCCCCUGUGAAUGAUUUGCAGGCCUACACUGGGUACUUUCACAGUAAUGAUGAGCUUCUCAACAGGAUAUGGUACGCAGGGGCUUAUACUGUGCAAUUAUGUACCCUCCAGCCUCAAUACGGAGAUGCGUUUGAUGGCGGCCUAACUGCAAGUGGCCUAUACACGUGGUCGCAGAAUGCGACACUCACUAAUGGCAGCACGUGUCUCGUUGACGGUGCGAAACGGGAUCGUGUUGUAUGGCCGGGUGACAUGAUCAUCAGUAUUCCCACGGCAGCCUUGACGACGUACGACCUCACCAGUGGACUGAACUCAAUCAAUUCAUUAAUAAUAUACCAGCAGCCAGAUGGAAUGUUCCCAUAUUAUGGGGCUACUUACGAAACGCUGACGCACGCUGAUGCUUCCUUCACUUAUCACCUUUACACCAUUGUCGACUUACUGUACUAUUACAUCUGGUCCGGAGACGUUGAUUAUCUUGAGGAUAACUGGUUCCGCGUGCAGGCUGGCUUGGCCUGGUCUCUCAGCUACGUCGACAGCUCAGGCUUGAUGGACGUCACUUCCAGCCUUGAUUGGGGGAGAAAUAACAUGGGUGGCCACAAUAUUGAAGCAAACGCUGCACUCUACUACACUCUGAACUUGGCAAUUUCCGCUGCCGGAGUUGUCGGAGACUCUGUUUCAGCCUCAAAUUGGACGCAGUAUGCCGAGAAUAUCAAGACUGCCGCUAACGACUUGUUGUGGGUUGAAUCCCAAGGCCUCUAUAUCGAUAACGACAGCGGUGAUACAUCUUUGUAUCCACAAGACGGCAACAGCUGGGCCAUCAAGGCUAAUCUUACUCAGACCGACUCGCAGAAUCAAGCCAUCUCUUCGGCUCUUGCCUCACGCUGGAUCUACCCGUAUGGGGCACCCGCUCCGGAGGGCACAGAUGUCAUCUCGCCUUUUGUCAGCGGCUUAGAGCUUGAGGGACACUUGCUCUCAGGGAAUGCAACGAGAGCUCUAGACCUGAUGCGGCUGAUGUGGGGAUAUAUGCUCAACAGCGAGAUCAUGACGAAUAGUACCUUGGUCGAAGGCUAUUCUACCUCUGGCAUGCUGAACUACCCUUCCUAUGCAACAAGCUCUCGCAUCAGCCACGCGCACGGGUGGAGCACGGCUCCCACCACAUUGCUUAGCACUUACGUUGCAGGUCUGCAUAUUUUGUCGGCCGAAGGUACUACAUGGUUAGUUUCUCCCCAGCCAGGCGAUUUGACCGAUAUCGAAGCCGGCUUCUCCACGGGCCUGGGAGUCUUCAAUAUAUCUAUCGUCGCCAACGGAGCAGGAUUGGUCAACCAAACGACCUUUUGUACACCCGAGGGUACUUCAGGAGUCUUUCAACUGGAGGAUGGAGUGGGACUGCUCUAUUAUCAAGAUGGAAGCUCUCAGGACUUUAACGAAACGGGCAAUUCGGCCUCUCCAGUUAGGAAACAGAGACUACCAUCCUUAAAUCAUACCUCAGAAAGUAAUAAGUAUGGGCCAGCUGGGAGUCAAAAGACGAAAGCUUCGCGGGGCAUUCUCAUGACACUUCUUUUGAUAUGUCUACAUCCUCUAUGCAUGGAAUCUAAAGACCAAGUACCCAUAACGGCUUGGAUCAACCUCAGUGGUUGGUCCUGCGCUUUCCCGUAG